UCCCUUCCGCCCCUUUCACUCUCACUCACCACAGUCAUUCCUGUCGCCGUCAAUUGCGACUUUCUCACCUCCACACACUCUCUCUCCGUCUCUCUCUCUACACAUACAUAUCAAUUUCACAUAUAUUAGGGUUUUUUUGGUCAAUCACUGUUCAAUCUAAAUGAAUAACACCACCAACACAACCAAUUCGGAACAAACACCACCGGACCCACCUCCACCAUCAGCACCCACUGCCGCUGUGGAAUCCGAGCUCGAACCGUCUUCUCCCGGAUCUGCCAUUUCCGAUAAAGCAGAAGCAGAAGCAGAAGCUGCGGCCGCCAGGGAGGAAGACGUGGUGAUGACGGAAAAGGACACUGCGGCUGAGAAUUCGACUGGCGAUUCCAUGGAUGAGGAUUCCGGCACCCCGGCAACCGUUUUUCACAUCAAGCUGAAGCAGCCCAAGUCUAAUUUGCAGCAUAAGAUGAGCGUUCCCGAGCUCUGCCGAACCUUUAGUGUUGUUGCUUGGUGUGGGAAGUUAAAUUGCAUAGCCUGUGCAUCAGAAACCUGUGCAAGAAUCCCGAGCUCAACUGCCAAUCCUCCAUUUUGGAUCCCAAUACAUAUAGUCAUACCUGAGCGACCUACUGAAUGUACAGUUUUCAAUGUCAUUGCAGAUUCACCUCGUGACUCUGUUCAGUUCAUUGAGUGGUCACCUACUUCAUGUCCCCGUGCACUGCUCAUAGCUAAUUUCCAUGGACGGAUAACCAUUUUGACUCAGCCUUCCCAGGGACCUGCAAAUCUUGUAAAAGAAGCUAGUUGCUGGCAGCUUGAAUAUGAGUGGCGCCAGGAUAUUGCAGUUGUUACGAAGUGGCUCUCAGGAGCUUCUCCUUAUAGGAGGCUCUCAGCUAGGUCUAGUGGUUCGACAACGUCUACAUUCGAGGAGAAAUUCCUUUCGCAGCAACCACAUGAUCCAGCUGGUUGGCCAAAUUUUCUCUGUGUUUGCGCUGUUUUCUCUUCGGGAUCUAUUCAGCUACAUUGGUCCCAAUGGCCACCCAAUCAGAGUGGUACCUCUUCCAAGUGGUUUUGCACCAGUAAAGGGCUUCUGGGAGCUGGACCUAGUGGAAUAAUGGCCGCUGAUGCUAUUGUUACAGAUUCUGGAGCAUUGCAUGUGGCUGGAGUCCCCAUAGUAAAUCCAUCAACUGUUGUUGUUUGGGAAGUUACACCUGGCCCUGGAAAUGGUUUUCAAGCCAUCCCAAAAUCAAGCGUGAACAAUGAAGUCCCCCCCUCACUUAACCCCCCUGCCUGGGAUGGUUUUGCCCCUCUGGCUGCGUAUCUGUUUAACUGGCAGGAAUAUUUGCUAUUAGAAGCAAAACAAGGUGUGAAGAAGACAGAACAGGAUUACAGUGAUAUGGUAAUACUUCAUUGUUCUCCCGUUUCCAACUUUUCUGCAUAUGUGAGUCCUGAGGCUGCUACUCAGUUAGAAGCUACGACAACUUGGGGUUCUGGUGUCACUGCUGUUGCCUUUGAUCCAACACGUGGUGGUUCCGCAAUCUCUGUUGUGAUAGUUGAAGGGCAGUACAUGUCCCCCUACGAUCCCGAUGAAGGUCCUUCAGUCAAUGGCUGGAGAGUUCAACGUUGGGAAUCAUCUGUCGAGAAUGUUGUGAUCCAUCAGAUAUUUGGGAAUCCUAGCUCUAAUUCUGGUAGCCAGGAUCCUAAGCAAACAGUUUGGGUGAGUAAAGUGAAUAAAUGCAUUGCAGCACCCAGUGAGUUUAAAUGUCCUGGAGGAGUGUCUAUACCACCAAUCCAUGAUGGAAAAGUAACUCCUGAAUCUGCUGUUGAGAAAAGAGUCAGUUUUGAUCCUUUUGAUCUGCCUAGUGAUAUAAGAACGCUUGCUCGGAUAGUGUACUCUGCUCAUGGUGGCGAGAUUGCUGUUUCAUUUCUUCAAGGCUGGGUACAUGUUUUCUCUGGUGCAAACUUCACAGCUGUUGAUAGCUACCAGGUGAAUGUUGGCUCUGCCAUUGCUGCUCCUGCCUUCUCUUCUACCAGUUGCUGUUCAGCAUCUGUUUGGCAUGAUGGCAGCAAGGAUUGUACUAUAUUGAAAAUUAUACGUGUCCUUCCCCCUGCUAGUAGUCAAGCAAAAGCCAACUCCGCAUUGUGGGAGCGAGCUAUUGCUGAGAGGUUUUGGUGGAGUCUUUUGGUUGGAGUUGAUUGGUGGGAUGCAGUUGGCUGUACACAGAGUGCUGCAGAGGAUGGCAUUGUAUCGCUGAACAGUGUUAUUGCUGUACUGGAUGCUGACUUUCACUCCCUUCCCUCAACACAACACAGGCAGCAGUAUGGACCUAGUUUGGACAGAAUAAAAUGCAGGCUUCUUGAAGGAACAACUGCUCAAGAGGUUAGAGCCAUGGUCCUCGACAUGCAAGCAAGGUUGUUGUUGGACAUGCUCGGUAAAGGAAUUGAAUCAGCUUUAAUAAAUCCUUCAGCUUUGGUGCAAGAACCUUGGCAAGCAUCUGGUGAGACAUUAUCUAGUAUUGAUGCUGACGCAAUGGCUGUUGAUCCAGCUCUUGUUCUCAGUAUUCAGGCUUAUGUUGAUGCGGUCCUUGAUCUGGCUUCACACUUCAUUACACGUUUGCGACGUUAUGCAAGCUUCUGUCGUACACUUGCAAGUCAUGCUCCUACCUCAGGUACAGGUGGGAGUCGUAAUUUGGUGACAAGCCCUACCCAAAGUACUUCUGCUCCUGCAACAACUCCGGCUUCACAAGGUGGAACCUCAAGCUCCACAGGUAGUACUCAGAUGCAAGCCUGGGUACAAGGGGCUAUUGCAAAGAUUAGUAGUACGAGUGAUACUGCUGUUCCAAGCACAGCUCCGAACCCCGUAACUGGCCCUUCCACCUUUAUGCCGAUAAGUAUCAACACAGGAACAUUUCCAGGAACUCCAGCUGUUCGGCUCAUUGGUGACUGUCAUUUCCUUCAUCGGUUAUGCCAACUUCUGUUAUUUUGUUUUUUCUUUCGUCGAACACAACUUCCCCGCUUCAUUGGAGCUGCUCAAAGAAAUAACGAUUCGUCAGUCCAAAAGCCUCAGAUUGGUAUUUUGAGCAAACCAGAAGAAACCAACUCAAUAACUGCAAAACCUGCAUCAAAUACUAUCAGAUCAGAAGAAACACAGCCAAGGACUGGACAAGUAGGAAAUGGUGUGAAGGCACCUGAAGAAGGCCCAACUAGCCGGUCAAGAUUAGGUUCUGGUAAUGCAGGUCAAGGAUAUACAUUUGAGGAGGUCAAAGUCCUUUUCCUCAUACUUAUGGAUCUAUGUCGGAGGACAUCAGGAUUGCAACAUCAACUGCCUCUUUCACAGGUCGGCAGUAGCAACAUCCAGGUCCGCCUUCAUUACAUCGAUGGAAACUAUACAGUUCUACCAGAGGUUGUUGAAGCAUCACUUGGCCCUCAUAUGCAGAAUAUGCCCCGGCCUAGAGGUGCAGAUGCAGCAGGCCUGCUUCUUCGUGAGCUGGAACUCCAUCCUCCAGCUGAAGAAUGGCACAAGAGGAACAUGUUCGGAGGGCCCUGGUCAGAUCGAGAUGGCACGAGUCCAUCAGACGAGGGCACGAAAUACAGCAGCUCAAUGAGUUUGGUUGAGCCAAGUUCAACUGAAAACGUCGAUGCUCAUAAUGGAACUCACACCCUGUGGCCAAGAAAGCGUAGGAUGUCCGAACGAGAUGCAGCUUUUGGAUUGAAUACCUCAGUGGGCCUUGGAGCAUACUACGGUAUCAUGGGAUCCCGGAGAGAUGUUGUAACAACCGUCUGGAAAGCUGGGCUCGAAGGAACUUGGUACAAGUGCAUAAGAUGCUUGCGGCAGACAUGUGCUUUUGCUUCACCUGGCUCUGCUACUCCCUCCAAUCAGAACGAGAAAGAAACGUGGUGGAUCAGCCGCUGGGCAUACGGGUGCCCAAUGUGCGGUGGAACAUGGGUUCGGGUCGUCUAAGUAGACAAACAGCUACCCUCUUUUAAUGGAUGAUGGUGAUGGAAAAAAAUGCUUCACAAUUUUCUGUAUAUAACCUUCCAAGAUGCUUCCUAACAUGUAGAAUAACCAUAGGAAAAGUACUGCAUUCACUAGAAAAUCGACAGUUAGGAUCCAUCUUUUAGGAUAGUGAGUCAGUUGUAUAGAUUGUAGUCACUUUUGGAAUCAAUUUGUCAACAAGAAUUAAGCAGUAAUUCUAGUAUUGAUGAUGAUAAAAGAAAAAGGAUAUUGGCAUCUAA